AUGCAAGGGCGCAGCGUGGGUCGAUUCACUCUGCACUCUGCCAUCGCAAUGCUUCUGAGCCUCAUGGUGCGCGUCUUGACAGGGAUUUUCGGCUACUUGGACUUCGGCAGCCGUGCAACCGUCUCCGCUCUGCUGCUGUACGACCCAGUGAAGGAGCCGGCGGCGAUGGUGGCGUACAUUGGCGUGCUGGUGAAGCUGUGCGCCUCCUACCCGCUUCUCACCAUGGUCACCCGCAACUCCCUCUACCACAGCUUCGGGUGGCACCCCGGCACGCCGCCGUUCUGGAGGCACUGCAUCUUCGUCGUUGGCCUCGCGGUUGCCUCGCUGCUCUGCGGCCUGUUCAUCCCAAAUAUCAACACGGUGUUUGGUCUCAUUGGUGCGCUCUGUGGCGGGAUUUCAGGGUUCAUUCUUCCCGCCCUCCUGAUUAUGUACGGCGGCAACUGGUCGCUGCGGUCGGCUGGAUUCAUGCACUACACCCUCACGCACUUCCUGCUCAUCGCCGGUGUCACGAUGGCGGUAUUCGGCACGUGUGACACCAUCUACAGCGUUGUGAGCGGCGACUGA